UCAGUGUUCUUCGACGGGUGUGCAAAAUUGUUGUGCGCAGUUAAAAAGUCGAGUAAUUAGCCCUUACAACAGUUAAAAUAAUACGAAAAUGUCUGGCAAAGAUAGGUUACCGAUUUUCCCGUCGCGUGGUGCCCAAAUGUUAAUGAAGGCACGUCUCGCUGGCGCCCAAAAAGGUCACGGCCUGCUCAAGAAAAAAGCUGAUGCAUUGCAAAUGCGUUUCCGUAUGAUUCUGGGUAAAAUCAUUGAGACGAAAACUCUGAUGGGCGAUGUUAUGAAAGAGGCUGCCUUUUCGUUGGCCGAGGCCAAGUUCACAUCGGGUGACAUCAAUCAGGUGGUGCUGCAAAACGUGACCAAGGCACAAAUCAAGAUACGCACCAAAAAAGACAACGUUGCUGGCGUUACGCUGCCCGUCUUCGAGUCUUAUCAGGAUGGUGCCGAUACCUAUGAGCUGGCUGGCCUGGCCCGCGGUGGCCAGCAGCUGGCCAAGCUAAAGAAGAACUACCAGAGCGCCGUCAAGCUGCUCGUCGAGCUGGCUUCGCUGCAAACGUCAUUCGUCACACUGGACGAGGUCAUCAAGAUCACAAAUCGUCGUGUGAAUGCCAUCGAGCAUGUCAUCAUACCGCGUAUCGAUCGUACACUGGCCUACAUCAUUUCGGAGCUGGACGAGCUGGAGCGUGAGGAGUUCUAUCGUUUGAAAAAGAUUCAGGACAAGAAGCGUGAGGCCCGUGCCAAGGCAGAUGCCAAAAAGGCUGAACUCCUUCAGCAGGGCAUCGAUGUGCGCGAACAGGCGAACAUACUCGAUGAGGGCGAUGAUGAUGUGCUCUUCUAAGUAUUAAUCCUAUAGCAUGCGUAUACGUGUGUGUAUUCCAGCAAUAUGUUAUUGUU